CGGAGUAUGGGCGUGACUUGGAUUACGCCAGCGCGCCAUCUGCUCGCUGAUUGGCCGUACACGUGUACGGCGGAAGUGGGGCACACUUCCUUGACACGCAUCAACCGGUCAUUCAACCAACUCUGUAUCUGUAUCCAAAAGGCUGUCGGAGAAACUUCCACGGGUGGUGCACAGGAUUAGUCUGACGAUGAAGCCCCAAGUUGUGUUUGUUUUGGGCGGGCCUGGCGCGGGGAAGGGGACACAAUGCGCGAGAAUUGUGGAGGUAAGAGAGAUGUGGAGACCUACAGCUACACUCAUUUGUCCGCUGGGGAUCUCCUGAGAGAGGAGCGCAGCCGCAAGGACUCCAAGUCUGGUCAACUCAUUGACAGCUGCAUCAAGGAGGGCAAAAUAGUUCCAGUGGAAAUCACCAUUGACUUACUAAAAAAGGCAAUGGAUGAGACUAUAAAGACCGAUGAGAAAAAGUUUCGCUUUCUUAUCGACGGUUUCCCACGUAACCAUGACAACCUGCAGGGAUGGAAGGAAGUCAUGGAUGAAAAGGCAGAUGUCAAAUUUGUCCUUUUUUUCGACUGCGGCAAUGAGGUGUGCAUCAACAGAUGUUUAGAGCGGGGCAAGAGCAGCGGACGCACUGACGAUAACAGAGAAAGUUUAGAGAAAAGGAUUCAGACAUAUCUCCAAUCCACACGACCCAUUAUAGAGCAGUAUGAGCAGCAGGGCAAGGUGCACACCAUUGAUGCUUCACGCUCAGUGGAUGAGGUAUUUGCAGAUGUGAAGAAAAUUCUUGAUAAAGAAGGUUAAAGUUACGUGCCCACAGCAAAGGUGUCUGUUUCUUGAUGUUAACAGUGCCACACCUUCUACAUGUAUCAAUAUAUACGUUUUUACUCAUGUAAUAGUUUUUUUUAAAAAGGGUUGUGUGUGUGUGUAUAUCUAUGUGUUUGUAGGGCUGAAAAUGUAACAUUAUAUUUAAUAGCGAAUAUUUUAUAAUGCAAAUUACACUAAAGAGUGACUUAAAAAAGCUUCAGCAAUAAACAUUCAUUGCACUUCUACAGGAACAGUAUAUAGAAGUGACGGCUCUUAACUUGAAGAUAGUCUUACCUGGCAUAUUAGUUAGAUCUGUAAGAGCGAUGUUUGGAUAGUCAAGUGCUUAAAACGUAUAAAAAAAUGAAACAGUAAUUGGCCUAGAACCUGUUCCCUUCUGUUCGGUUCUAUGUAUACGUGUUUACUUAUGACUGAAGCCAAUGAACAAUUACGACUGACCAAUAGGAAAUAAGAUUAUUUCAGUAGUUUACCAGACAUGUUUAGACAAAAUAUACAGUUAUCUUUGUAAUGUAUAUUAAUUAAAAACUGGGUAUGACGACCUAUUGGCAGCCACCCAAGAAUCGUGGACUGAGUUUUAGCUGUAAAUUUUACUUUUUCUUGUU